AUGGCAACUAUCGUGAAUCCAAAUAACUGGCACUGGGUUGAGAAGAGUUGCAUACCCUGGGCAAAACAAUAUUUGACCGAUAACUUGUCUAAAGUCACAGUAGAAAAGGACGAUUAUAAAGCCACAGUAACAAAUGUUGGACCAAUUACCGGAGACUGCGAUAUCACACAGAGAAAGGGGAGGGUGAGAUGCUUAAUAGAGCUGGCGGUCAAUUUUGUUGUCAAGGUGGAAAAAGAAGGUGGUGAAGAUUCUACUUUCGAUAUUUCUCUUCCGGAAUUCGAGCACGAUCAACUAGAUGAAGACUACCACUUUCAGAUCAAGAAUGGAAACCCGGAGUACAAAAAUUUUUUAAGAACAUACGUUAUUCCAGAGGUUUUGACCGUUUUCAAAUCCUUCCAGCCCGAUCUUCUGGAAGACCAUAGAAAAACUUUGAUGCAUAAUGCCAAUUAA